AUGGCAUCACUUAAUAAAUGGCAAAAAUUCAUUUAUCAAUUAAAUCAACAACAAAAACGUUUUAAUAUUUUUAACAAAAAAAUUCAACAAAGAUUUUAUUUUACUUCUCGUCUACUUCCAAUAAAAUUUAAAUUAUUCUCUUUUAUUUUGCUUACAAGAUUUGCAGUAAUUCAACCAAUAAUGAGAAUAAAUGACGAUCCAGAUGAAGAACAAAUUCGAAUGUCUAAAAGAUUAAAAAGGUUUAGAAAAUUUGCUUCAAUUGAAUAUGCAGGGGUAUAUUUAUUUUUUUGA